UUUCAUAAUUUCCUAUAUAUUAUUUGAGAAAGAUUAUAACUUUUUUUGUAGCCACGUGUCAUCAUUAGAAAGUCAUAUAAUUUCAGUCUUAUUUUAGUACAAUUUUAAACUGUUACAAAAUCAAUGAUCUUUGGAUUCACGGACAUGUUUAAAAUACUUAUUUUUUUCUUUUGGUAAAAUGUUUAAAAUUCUUACAAACAUUUGCCGACAAAAAAGAUUUGUUUGGGAUUGCGAUAUUCUUGAUCACGAGUUCACAAUCGCCCAGGUGAACAGUUCGAAAAUCGUUCAAGCGUUUUGACGUUUAGCUUCUGUUUCGUAAUUAAUUGAGAAAUAGAGAUUUUACAAUUUUUUUUAUUUUUUUUUGUUGUAGCUAUAAACAUUAAUUUUAAACAUGAUUGGUAAUUUUAAAAACUAUAGAUAAAAGUUAAAAUUAAAAAAAAAAUAGAUCUACAGUUCUACCAACCACCUUCAUUAUUUUGUGAUUUUAAAUUGUAUAAAACAUCUAUACGAAAAAAAAAAGAAAAAAAAAACUGUGCUAUAAAACUGUGCCAUAACAAGUAAGAGAUCUGCGCCAUACCAAUCAAACCCUUUGAGGAAGCUUCUGAGACAUAAAACACGGAUUCAAGGCCACGCAAGAACAACAUAAAAUGGAAAAUGGUCGUAGCAACAACGCGUUGAAGCCGAUGGACUCAGAGCAACUGAGAGAGUACGGACAUCGAAUGGUGGAUUUCGUUGCUGAUUAUUACAAAACCAUCGAGACUUUCCCUGUCCUUAGCCAAGUUCAGCCUGGUUAUCUUCAUAAUCUUUUGCCUGAGUCAGCCCCAGACCAUCCUGAAACGGUGGAACAAGUUCUUGACGAUGUCAAGGCGAAGAUAUUGCCUGGAGUAACUCAUUGGCAAAGCCCUAGUUUCUUUGCUUACUUCCCUAUUAACGGCAGCAUUGCAGGGUUCUUGGGUGAGAUGUUGAGUGCUGGUCUUAAUACUAUGAGUUUUAGUUGGGUUGCUUCUCCAGCUGCAACUGAGCUCGAAAUUGUCGUUGUUGAUUGGGUUGCAAAACUGCUCAACCUGCCAGAGCAGUUUCUAUCCAAAGGAAAUGGAGGUGGAGUAAUCCAAGGGUCAGCUUGUGAAGCUAUUCUCGUUGUUAUGAUUGCUGCCCGCGAUAAGGUCUUAAGAAGCGUUGGUAAGAAAGCACUUGAGAAGCUUGUUGUCUACUCCUCUGACCAGACACAUUCAUCUUUACAGAAAGCUUGCCAGCUAGCCGGUAUCCAUCUAGAGAAUUGCAGGGUCCUGAAAACAGAUUCAUCUACAAAUUACGCUCUGCGCCCUGAAUCGCUUCAAGAAGCUGUUUCUAAGGAUCUUGAAGCUGGAUUGAUUCCAUUCUUCUUAUGUGGCACUGUUGGAACAACUUCUUCAACAGCAGUUGAUCCACUAGCAGCACUGGGAAAGAUUGCAAAGAGCAAUGAGAUGUGGUUUCACAUCGAUGCAGCGUAUGCUGGAAGUGCUUGUAUAUGUCCAGAGUAUAGACAGUACAUUGACGGAGUAGAAACUGCAGACUCUUUUGACAUGAAUGCUCACAAAUGGUUGCUCACUAAUUUCGAGUGUUCCCUACUUUGGGUGAAGGAUCAAUCUGCUCUCACUGAAGCUCUUUCAACAAAUCCAGAGUAUCUCAAAAACAAAGCAUCUCAGGCAAACUUGGUUGUUGAUUACAAAGAUUGGCAAAUCCCUCUUGGACGACGAUUCAGGUCACUGAAACUAUGGAUGGUUUUACGGCUCUAUGGAGCUGAGAACCUUAAGAGCUAUAUAAGAAACCAUAUCAAACUGGCUAAAAUAUUCGAACAACUUGUCUCCAAAGAUCCUAACUUUGAGGUUGUGACUCCUAGGAUCUUUUCUCUGGUCUGUUUCCGUAUAGCGGCUGUUGAUAACGAUGAAAAGAAGUGCAACAACCUAAACCGCAGCCUCCUAGACGCAGUGAACUCUUCAGGAAAACUCUUAUUUUCUCACACUAUAUUAUCGGAAAAAUUCGUACUACGUUUCGCCAUAGGAGCGCCAUUGACGGAGGAGAAGCACGUGAAGGAGGCAUGGAAGGUUAUCCAGGAAGAAGCAUCAUUCUUGCUUUCCAAAUAAAAUAAGUUCAAAAGAACUUUAUGAGAAAACCUCCUAUAUAUCCUUGCCAACAAAGUGACAAACCGAAGCACUAGUUUGGUUUGAUUUAAUUUGAACUUCGGUUUGGUCUCCGAAAGUAUUUACUAUUUUGUGUGAUUGUGUGCAUUUUCUUUUCCAAUAGAGUGUAUCUUAUCUCCUUUUCCCAGUUGUGUGUUUUAUCUAUUUGGUUUGGUUUUGUUGUGAUUAGCUAUAUAUGUGUUCCUAAUGACAACAAACUUGUUCUAAGCAUAUAUAAAUAUCAAUCUAUAAACUAUUAUGCUGUUAACUGAAACAUGUAAGCUGAAAUACUGGUUUUAGUUUUUUUAAGUGUUUUCUGCAAAAAAAAACCCUCCAAGUGAUUUUUUUUUGCAAAUUUACCCUCCAAAUGAAAAAAUGGAAGUCAAACCUAUCAACUCCAUUCAACGUGCAAUAUAACCCUUCCAUGUAGUAGCCGUGUAUAAUUUUUUUUUGAGCAAAUACGGAUUGAUUAAGAGAACAGAGUAUCAGUCUACAACAUCAGAUGCAGCAAAAGACAAAGAAAGUAAAGCUGCUUUAGCUAAGGAGUCAGCUUGAACAUUUGCUAAACGCGGGAUAAACUUAAACGAGAUAGAUACGAAAGAGCGACACAGAACAUGAAUGUCGUGUAGCACUCCUCGCAGAGCCACAUCUUGACCUUGAGUCUUCAAGAGCAAAAUAAGGUUCUUUGGAGUCGGAGUUAACAGUGAGGCUGCUAACAUGGGAAGAGACUGCAGCUGUAACUGCAGCUUUAACCGCCAAAGCUUCUGCCACAAGAGCCGAAGGAACAAAGCGCCGGUGCGAUGAGGAGGAUUCUGCAAUGGAAUUAUCAGAGUCCCUGAGUAUAAAUUUGACGGAUCUUAAAACUACGUCGUUUUUGACAAGAAAUUUAAAUAAAAAAAAUGGUACUCAAGAGAUUCAAACCCACCAACUGAGAGCUUCAAAGUCGAUCAUAUAGCCACUGAAGCAACUCGUGUUUUACGUUAUACCGUCGAGUUUAAUAGAUUAUAAAUCUAACAGUGGAAAUAAUACUAUUUUUUUUUUCAAAAAAGUUAUUUGUUACUGUUACAUUUUAUUCUAAUAAUAUAGUGAUAUACAUAAAUCCAUUAUACUUAUUUCCACAUUCGGAUACCUUUGAAACAUAACAUAAGUAAAACAAAGAAAUAUUUAAUUUACAUAAGCAAAUCCGUACAUACGAAAAUACUGAAUUUUAUGUAUAUUUUUAUAUAAAUAAUAGUCCAAUGCAAAUCAAAUAUGAUGAAUGUUGAAAAAUACAAUAUAUACAACAUCAAAUUUAAAUAAUAUAUAUAUAUAACAAUUUUAUUAUUCAUUAAAAUUUUGAUCCAUACAAAAAAUAAAAAUAUACUUAUGCCGACACAAGAUUAAUAUUCUAACAGUUUGAAAACCAAAAUAAAAUUACUCAAUAUAAAAUAUAUAAAAAAAUUGUUUAAAAAUGUAAUAUUAAAUAACUAUUUCAUACUAAAUAGACUACUAUUUGUACAGUAUAAAUAUCUAACCUAUACUAAAAGGUGAAUAUGAAGCCUUGUGAGACUAUCCACGUCAUCAAUUAAAAUCAGCCAAUCAAAAGAGUUUACUCUGCCACGUCAGUCUGAUAUUACUCGACAAAAUUUUCACGGUCAACUUAGUUUUGGGCUUCUAAUUUUCUGUUGUCGUGGCCCAUCAUUAAUACCCAAUAUACAGACAAAAUUAAUUAAUCACAGCAGCCUAAGUCGACUCAUGCAUUCAUCCGCCGUUUACAACCUUUUCAGAUUCCCCUACUGUAACGAUUCUAAUUUAAUUGACCCAAACUUUCCCUAGCCAUAUAUUACUUCAUCUUCAUCUUCUGCUGUUUAGAGUAUGCUCAAACCUCUUACUUCUCUCCAUUGCUCACUAUUUCUCCGAAUCCUUGAAGCACCGCAAUGAUGGCCCUAAAACGCUCCAAAUCGUCGAUCUCUGACGGUUUACUUCUACAAAGUCGCCGCCGGUCAAGUUGAUUCAGUUUUGAGAAGCCCAUAAUCCCGCUAAAGUAGGGAUGCUAAUUGGCCUUCAGCUUCCAUCUCAUUAGAGCAGAUCUUAAUCGGUUUCCGCUGUCGACUGAUUUCUUAGAAAGUUUUAGCGCUCUCCGCCGUAAAAUCUACAAUCACCGAAGGAAAAGUGAAGUACUUUCAGUCUUGGGUUUAGUGGACUCGAUAAUAAGAUAAACAUCAUUGCGUCAGUUUACAUUCUGAGAGAUCCAGGAUGUAAGAGUGUUUGAACCAUGUAAGGAUGCUCAUCAACGUGUUGGACACACUCUUUUGUUGAACCAUGAGUGCGUCCUUUUCUUAUUCCCUUCCUUGAACCACGUAAGCAUGUUCUUAAUUUUAUAUUUGAUGGUGUGUUUUCAAUCUUACUUUUCUAGCUUUCAUGUGACAUGUGUUUUUUCCCUUGCUGGAAGAGCAUGACUGCUGCAAUUUAUGUGAGGAUGUUUGUCAUGGAUAUAGAAAGAAACGUUGGGGGUGCUACGAAUUUAGAUUUAAUUGACCAAGUGAGGUGCUGAUAAAAAAAGGUUUAAUUUAGUAAACCAAUCAUUUUUUAAAAUAUAUAGAUGGUUCAUAUUUGUAAUUCAGUACUGCUUAAUAUCUUCUGUAAUUCCGAUUUAUUUAAACAUCCCCUAGCUGGUCACUAAGCUAACGGUUGCCAUCCUCACUUGAUUGCUCCUGAGCAAGGUAUUGAGUCUUCUAUUGUAUUCCUGGGAGGCCCUUCUGAGGUUACUGUGUCAAUGAAGAGCCCAAAGUCUAUAAGCAAUAUGUAUGGGAAGGAGAAGCUGAUUCAAGCAGUAUCUUCCAUUUAAGAAGAUACUGAUCCUCAGCUAAUCAUUCUUAGAGGGACCUGUCUUACUUUGCAUCUAAAGGAUCAUAAUGCUUUGCCGGAUGACAAAGGAUUUGCAGACCCAGACUGAAUUCAGAAGCUCUUGAAAACUAUGCUCAGUUUGUUUCGUUCCCUAUAUACACAUGGAAGGGAAAAUGGAUAACAAAAGAGGGUUCUCUUAUACAGGUUGAUGAUGCAUGAUUCAGCUGAGUAAAACGUGAUGAGCAGGAUGACAAAACUGAGGUAGUUUUGAUACCAAAGCAUAUCACUAUUGUCAUGGAAUAUGCUGUUGGAGGUGGACUAUUUGACCGUAUAUGCAGCGCUGGAAGAUUCGAAGAGGAUGAAGUGAGCUAGGCAUUUAGAGAUGAGACUUUAUAUAUGGUCUAGGUCUAUCAAUAAUUUCAGAGCUGAGUUAUAUGUUGGCCAUGUUCGUCAGGCAAACGCUGCGGCAGCAAUGGCGAUCAAAAUACAACGGCAAAAUGAAGAAAUUUGGCCUAGGUAAAGUCGCAGCCAUCACUUAUUGUUCAGAUGAACACAAAGUGUGAAUCGUUACAUAAAACAGCGGCACUCUCCGGAAUGAAUUUGUGUCGUCAGCGACCAUUUCUCUCUCAUCACUGUGAUCUUUUUUUCAUUAAUUGUUCUGUUGUUUAUGUGCUUUUCUAACCGGCAGUCGCUGCCGCGACCUUUGUCCGAUGAACAGGGCCGUUGUCUAAUGUAGUGUCAUCGGAAAGAAAUGGGAAUAUACUUCUUUUUUUUAAAACAUGAAAAGGGAAUAUACAUAGCACAUUAAGAAGGA